CCCAGCCCUAAUGCUCCUGGACGUAGAUUUCUACCACUCUACACGCUGACCCUAGUAAGUAAGACAAGGCAUGACCAAACGACCAACACCGGCGAAUUAGCAACCAUUCACACCGCAGCAAUACAGCCUCUCUAGACAUGAUACUGGUCGAAACAUCUCGAACCAAGGUUCACUUCAAACAACUCGAGCAUGCAUCAAUCACAACCAACUGCCGGACCCCUCUUAUGCACACGCAGCUUGCACGAGCGCAACUGCAUCAGAAAUUCUGCAGCCUGCGCGACGUUCAUAUCAAUAAAUCUGCACGAGCUGCGCGUCGCAUUCUCACCGCAACUCUUGACAGCAUGUCUCGUCACCAACAAUACCAUUGUUCUUCCAUAAAUAAUGAGUCUGCACAGCCUCGAGUGAUAUCGCCUUGGGUAACAAUGGUUGGUUUAGGCGAUGAAACGAACAGCAGGCACCCGAUGAUCAUCAAGUUAUCACCGAGGCUGAAGACAAGUAGAAUAGAACAACUGAUACGGGCUUAUACGAACGAUGCCAAUGCCAAGAAUGGACUCGAUACUGCAUGCAGAAGGUCCAUGCGGAGAUCAUGACGCCUUGAAGCCUUACUUUUUUUGGUCGCGGCAAGAUCAUCUCACGUAAAAAUCUCCGCAGCCCGCGGGAACCGUAGAAAAUGGCAGUUGAGGCGGUUCGAAAGAACCAGUUGACCACGCGCAUAAUCAAGGCUAAGCAGGUUGUUGCAA